AUGACAGCCACCGAAAAACCGGUCUCCGACCCCGAGAAGCGGGCCGCCGCCUCUGCCGACCCGACCAUCGGCCCCUCCCCGGCUGAGGAUGACCCGAUCUCUAAGCACCACAUCACUGAUGAGACUGGUGACCUCGCCGCCUCCGCUCUCAAUUCCGCUCCACUUUCAGAGGCCGAAUCCAAAGCAGUGCUUCGAAAAAUAGACUACAGAAUUCUGCCAUUCUUGUGCAUCACCUAUGCUCUGCAGUUCAUCGACAAAACCUCGUUGGGUUACAGUUCGGUCUACGGCAUCAUCCCCGAUAACAAGCUUGUCGGCCAGCAGUAUAGUUGGGCGAGCAGCAUCUUCUAUUUCGGAUAUCUGGUUGCGGAAUAUCCCGGCGUUGCGGUGCUGCAGCGCUUCCCAGUCGCCAAGUUCCUGGGCGUAAACAUCAUUCUCUGGGGGAUGAUUCUGAUGACCACCGCAGCAUGUAGCUCUUUCGCCGGCUUGGCCAGCGUGAGAUUCCUCCUUGGUAUGACCGAGGCAACCAUCUCACCCGGCUUCGUUGCGGUAACGGGAAUGUGGUGGUCGCGUCAGGAGCAGGCUGGCCGUUCCGCACUGUGGAUAUCGUUUCUCGGCGUUGGAAGUUUCAUCGGCACGCUGCUGGCCUUUGGCAUCGGGCACAUCACCGGCUCAUUAUCGCCAUGGAAGUACAUCUUCCUCAUCUUGGGUGCCAUGACAGUUGUCUGGGGUGUCGUGUUCACCAUCUUUGUGCCUGACGGCCCUGCCAAGGUGAAGUGGUUGACAGAGCACGAAAAGAUUGUUGCAGUGCAACGCGUCGCAGAGAACAAGACCGGCACAGGCCGAAGCAGGAACUUUGUCAUGGCUCAGGUUGUUGAGGCAGCAAAGGACCCUGCCGUCAUUUUGCUAGGGCUCAUCUCGUUUGUCAAUGCCAUUGCUUCGGGGGGUCUCGCUUUUGGAUCGUUGAUUAUCCAGGGACUCGGAUUUAACCCCCUGCAGACGACGCUUAUGAACCUCCCGCUCUCUACGGUCCAGGCUAUCGCACAACUUGGCGCUGGGUUUUUAAGCAGCAAAAUCACCAGUUCCAGGUUGCAUGUUGGCACAGUCGCCAUGAUCCCACCGAUUGUUGGCACAUGCCUAAUCAACCAGCUUCACUUGGACAACAAAUGGGGUCGCCUUGUCGGUGUCUGGCUGCUCGGCUCCUACCCCGUCGGCUUCAUGGUGAUCCUCGGUCUGCUGUCGACAAACAUUGCGGGUAGCACAAAGCGAUCAGUGGCCUCGGGAUGGGUUUUUGUCUGCUAUUGCGUCGGGCAAAUUGCAGGCCCGCAGUUCUUCAAAAGUACCGAAGCACCGGCAUACCACAAUGGUAUUGUGGCCAUGCUUUGCGGCUUCAUCCUUAAUCUAGUUAUGAACCAGAUUCUUCGGUUUAUUUAUGUUCGAGAAAACAAGAAGCGAGACAAGCUUCUUGAAGGCAAGUCUGAAGAGGAGAUUGCAGAAAUGCAACGAGAAGGAGAAGUAUUUGGUUUUGAGGACGUGACGGACAAGGAAAAUCCCAUGUUCCGAUACGUGCUUUGA